CCUCGGCCCCGCCCUCCUCGCACGCCUGCAGGACCGGCCCGCUGCGGGUUUGUGGCCCGCGAGGCCUACGGGCUCCGCGUUUGGAGCUUCGCUUCAGGCUGGCCGGACCGCGGCGGUUCGGUCCCGGCGUACCGACGCUUCUUGAGUUCCUUUCUUGGUCCCGCGGCUGCGGCCGUUGGACGCGGCAAGGCCCGGACGCGCGAGGCGAAUCUGCCGCGACGAAUCGGCGGGCGUGGCGCUGGCGGCCUCGCGAGAGUGCGGCACAGACGGAGGCGGCGCGACGGGCCUUGCGGACUGAGGGCCGCGGGCUGAGAGCGGGCAGCGGAGUGGCGGGGGCCGGCCGGGCCCCGCGGCUCCGACAUGACGGGCCGCGUCUGCCGCAGCUGCGGCGGCACGGACAUCGAGUUAGACGCGGCGCGCGGCGACGCGGUGUGCACGGCCUGCGGCUCGGUGCUCGAGGACAACAUCAUCGUGUCCGAGGUGCAGUUCGUGGAGAACAGCGGCGGAGGCUCGUCGGCGGUCGGCCAGUUCGUGUCACUGGACGGUGCUGGCAAAACCCCAACCCUAGGCGGUGGCUUUCAUGUGAACUUGGGAAAGGAAUCAAGAGCACAGACCCUACAGAAUGGGCGGCGCCACAUCCACCACCUGGGGAGCCAGCUGCAGCUGAACCAGCACUGCCUGGACACUGCCUUCAACUUCUUCAAGAUGGCUGUAAGCAAGCAUCUUACCCGAGGACGGAAAAUGGCCCAUGUGAUUGCUGCCUGCCUCUACUUGGUUUGCCGAACUGAAGGCACACCUCAUAUGCUCCUGGACCUCAGCGACCUGCUCCAGGUGAAUGUGUAUGUGCUGGGGAAGACGUUCCUGCUCCUGGCGAGGGAGCUGUGCAUCAACGCCCCAGCUAUAGACCCGUGCUUGUACAUUCCACGCUUUGCUCAUCUACUGGAGUUUGGGGAGAAGAACCAUGAGGUAUCCAUGACAGCCCUGAGGCUUCUGCAGAGAAUGAAGAGAGAUUGGAUGCACACGGGUCGGCGCCCCUCUGGCCUUUGUGGAGCAGCGCUUUUGGUUGCAGCCAGAAUGCAUGACUUCCGGAGAACCGUCAAAGAAGUCAUCAGUGUGGUCAAAGUAUGCGAGUCCACACUACGGAAGAGGCUCACAGAAUUUGAAGACACUCCCACCAGCCAGCUCACCAUUGACGAGUUUAUGAAGAUUGACUUGGAGGAGGAGUGCGACCCUCCCUCGUACACGGCUGGGCAGAGGAAGCUGCGCAUGAAGCAGCUGGAACAGGUCCUGUCAAAAAAGCUAGAAGAAGUUGAAGGUGAAAUAUCCAGUUACCAGGAUGCCAUUGAAAUUGAGUUAGAAAACAGCCGACCAAAAGCAAAAGGGGCUCUUGCCAACUUGUCAAAGGAUGGCUCCGGUGAGGAUGCCACGUGCAGCCCAUUCUGUGAGGAGGACACUGAGGACGAAGAGCUGGAGGCUGCUGCCAGCCACAUGAACAAGGACUUUUACCGAGAGCUCCUGGGGCAUGAUGGUGGCUCAGAAGCAGCAGAAGGCCCUGAUGGGGGCAGCAGGCCCCUUGCCCUGGAGUCCCUACUUGGCCCUCUGCCCACAGCAGCCAGCCUGGGCAUCUCCGACUCCAUCCGAGAGUGCAUCUCCUCCCCAAGUGGGGACCUCAAAGACGCUUCAGGGGAUGGGGAGCUGGACCUCAGCGGCAUCGAUGACCUUGAAAUUGACAGAUACAUCCUAAAUGAGUCAGAAACCCGUGUAAAAGCCGAGUUGUGGAUGCGGGAGAAUGCUGAGUACCUGCGGGAGCAAAGAGAGAAAGAAGCAAGAAUAGCAAAGGAAAAGGAGCUUGGCAUCUAUAAGGAACACAAGCCCAAGAAGUCUUGCAAACGCCGGGAGCCAAUCCUGGCCAGCACAGCUGGGGAGGCUAUUGAGAAGAUGCUGGAACAGAAGAAAAUCUCCAGCAAGAUCAACUACAGUGUUCUGCGGGACCUUAACAGCAAGGGUGGGGGCAGCCCACCCAGAGAGGACUCACAGCCCCCAGAGCGUGCUGGCACCAAGAAGCUGUCACGGAGGAAAAGAGCAGCUAGCAGGAGUAGCGCCGAUCCUGGGACAAGCACAGGGAAGAGGUUGAGGCCUCUGGUGUCUGCACAGCCCACUAAGAAGGCAGCUGUGGGAGAGGCCUUGCUUUUAAGUUCUCCUGCCUUGGGAGCUGAGCCCAUCAAGCCGUCAGCAGUCUUGGUGGAGAGUGGCCCUGUGUCGUACCAUCCUGAGGAGGAUGCAGAUGAGGAGGACGCUGAGGAAGAGGAUGGGGAGCCCUGCGUCAGCGCUCUUCAGAUGAUGGGUGGCAAUGAUUACGGCUGUGAUGGUGAUGAGGAUGACGGCUACUGAGUGGAACUCAAGGCCAGGCAGCAUCCUGGUGCUGGACUCCAAGUGUGUUUGUCUUACGGCGGUCAGAUGGGCCCUGGGACCACAGCUCACAGGCAUGAUUCCUGAGACUCGACCAGUCAAGCACUGCCCCACUUGAUUUGAAGCACUCUUCCCAUGGCCACAUUGUGGCCCCAUCGGACUUACUGUUGGGAAUCAUGUUUUGAGCAAUGUAAGGGAUAUUUUUUGCCCAGCAAAGGAAACUAGCUGUGUGUUUAUGUGUAGUGAAACAUGGUCAGGGAGUAGCCAGGUCUGGAUCCCAGUUCAUGGCCUAGCCCACUAGUCAUUGUUCAACAGAAAUCCUCAGGCAGUCACUGCAUGCUCCCAUCAUAAGAAGAUGGAAGCACAAGGGCUUCAGUCAAGAAGCAGAGCCCUGGUCUUACCUGCUGCCUGUGUUCUCUGCCCUGCCCUUCCCAUCCUGGAGAGAGAGGUAUUAGGCAGGACACAUGUGGCCAUUAAUGAUAGGCAGCCAUAGUGUGGAGCCCCUGCCUGUAACUGCAGCUCCAGCUUCCCACCAUCUCCAAUGCCCAUCUAUUGUCUUCAGCCACCGAGACCAUUACAGUCUUUAGCCUCCUGCUUAGGACUCAUAAGUAGUGUACCCAGGAGCCUUUGAGGCUACUCAGUAGCAGAUUAGUCAAGUUAAUCAGUGCCCAGAAAGUAGAGACCAGCAGGCCGAACAUGCCUUCAUGCAGUUUCCUGCUGAUGUCCAGCACAACCUGUGUGGAGUCUGGGCUCUACUCCUGCCCCAUCACUUGGAAUGAGCCUUUAGUACUGAAUAGAACCCUCCGCCAAGGAGCCUACAAGCUGUCUCCUGGGCUGAGACUGAGUGCUUGACUGUUCAGAGGUGGGGCCAGGCCUGAGAUGCUGAGCCGGGGGCAGCUGCAAACAGAAGUAGACGGCAGGACAGAUAGGAAGUGAUUUUGAUGAGAAGAUUGCAGGAUGGCUUUGGAUUCUACCUGGGAUGUGUAACUGUAGUCAAGGGCCCUUCCCGGAAGUGGGGUCAGAACUGUGGUGGAGUGUUUUAGGAUGUUUGUGUGCAUAUAUAUGGCAGGACUUGCCUGUGGCAUAGAGAGAGUAUGGGGUAACGGAUGAGAGGUAAGAACUGAGGACAUAGAGACAAGUACCCUGGGAAAGGAACUGAGACCAGCUCCCCAGCUGUGCCUUUUCUGCCAGGAGACAGUAGGAGGAGGGCUUGUCUGUGCUGGGAAAUAAGCAAGGGCCAGUAAGGCAAGAGUGGUGGUGUGAAGUAAUUGAAUUCCAUAUCACUGUGGAUAGAGUUGAAGAAAGUUGGGACAGAGGGAGGGGGACAGUGGUGAGGACUGUCCCUAGAAGAUAGGUGACAUAUCUUCUUUGUGGAAGGGUCCUGAAAUGGUUGAGGAGUAAGGUCCCAGUAGGGGGCAGCAGUGAAGUAGGCAAGAUGCCUCUGAGCUGAGGUCACAGCCUUGUAUUUGAGCGACCAGCAGCACUAAUGUGAGGUUCCAGGAGGCACUGUGUCUUUAUGACCCCAUUCUGCAUGCAGUUAAUCCAUUUCUGUGUGUUCUUUUCUGACUGGGAUUAUCACAGUAGGAUCCCUCUGCCUGGGAUCUUCCAGAGUGCCUCAGACAGCCUCCUGGGGAAGAACCAGGCCUCACCACACUGAACCUUAGAAAAGGGGAAGAGGGAGGCCAUUGGAUCCUGCAUUCUAGACUGGGACCCUGUCUGGUGUGCACACUUCAGUGCUGAACAGACAGGAAAUCUCCCAGACUCCUCUGUCCUCUCCUACUGCCUUCCUGCCAAGCAGAGGGAGGUGCAGGGGAACUACCUAUAGGAUGCACUGUCCAGGUUUCCUCCCAACAACAUGAACAGAGGAGCCUAGUACUUGGUUCUCACACCAUCCUUUGCAAACUGGGUGGUCACUGGGACAAGACAGGAACAGUCAGCAAGGUUCCUGAUAACCCUAGAUGGCUGAGGCUUGGCAGAGUGUGUGCCUGUCUGUAGGGGUAACUGGGGCCUCCUCCCAGGAGCUGGGCCACAGAAUGAGAAGUUAUAGCCACGCAAAGCUCUCGGUCACUGUUCCCACUUGGAGUUGUUCCCUCCAGAGCAUGGGGCCCAGUGAAAGGCUUGUCCAGCCUAUGAUGGGCCCUGAUUUUCUAACCCAGCUGUUUUACCCUACUGUACACCUACUAGAGCAGGAGUGAAAUGAGUCCCCCCAUUGGGCCCACUCCUUUGCCCAGAUACCUAUCUAGGAACCAUGGGACAUACUUGCCUUGUCAGUGGGAGAGAAAUGAAUGGAAUGGAGCAUGGGUCCAGCUGGAUGGCUGUCUGCCACCCUCUGAGUUUUGCCUCUGUGCUUAAAGUCUCUGUUACCAGAUGCUUGGCUAGAUGGCAUGGACCCUGCAAGAAACUCCCUGAGGCUAGAGAAGCAGGGCCUCAAUGGGUAUUGCUACUGAGGGAAUGGAGUGCCUGCAUCUUAGGAUACCUGUUAAACCCAGCAUUUUUCCUUUGGCCUGCCUUUUAAGAGGCAUAGAACAGGAGUUAAGAAAUGGGGACUGAAGGAGGUUGCUGUUUGUAGAUCGCUUCUUUCAGAAUAGAUGACCUGGGUUCUAAUUGUUCUCUGCUCAGCAGUUUCUGAUGAGUUAGGCCCUGGACGAAGGGACUAUAGGCAGUAGCUGGAACUGGAGCUAGGGUGGUUUCUCAGGGGUCCUUCCAGUAUAGGGAGCCAAGACUGGGCCAGCCCCUGAAGUCCUUGACUUUAGUGAAGAGAUCCAGACAGCUAAACCCCAUUGGAUAUCUGGAGCCACAGCCUACUUCAGUCCCAUAUCCAGCCCCUCCAUAACCCUUGCAAGCUCUGGGUGCACCCCAGCUGGAACUAAAUACCCUAUGUAAGUUAGGGUAGAGGGGAGUCUGACUUCAUUUGUCCCUCCCUCCUUGUCCCUCUCUGAAGCUUUGGGGUAUAACUCUUGUCAGGCAAGCCUGUGGCAAGAACCCAAAUCUUGGGUCUCUUCUGGGCACAGACAAAACACCUGCUUACUUAGUUUCCAACCCAUUUUUGUGACUGCUGGGGUGGGAGGCAGCAAGGUAGUCUUCCAUACCCCAUGAGUGAGGGCCUCUGAUAGCUGUACCCAGGUGUGGUGACUGCAGUACAGGUUAGUGUUACUUAGUGGUGUCUUUUGAGGGUGUCCCUACUUACCUACUGUGGCUCUUCCUGGCCUGUUCCUCUGCACCUAUCUUAGCAGCCUCCUCCAGGGGCCCAGCCAAGGACAACAGUCUUGCUCCAAGGAAGCCCUGGAUAACGCUGACCUUGCUUAUCCCUGUCAGGGUUGGGGUUUCCACAUGACCCUGGAGGCAGGCAAGCAUGAUUUUAGUCAGUCGUGAGAGUGUACACUUCAGAUCAUUGCUGCCUGAGCCUCCCCGGUGGUCUUGACCUAGGUGGAGUUUAAUAUUCAGUACCAUUGUUUUGUGGGGUCACAGACCAGAGCCCAAAGCCAGCAAGUCCUCAUGUUACACUGCACUGGGCCAGUAAACCCCAGUGGGGGUGGUGAAACAACAGGGCAGAUGUUUCAGCACGUAUCAGGCCAGCUGGGCAGAAGCGGGCGUGGCACAGUGGAGUGAAGGAGAAGCCAGGCACUGGGCCUGGACCUCAGAGGUAUGGGAUCCAUGUGUAUACCAGCUGCCUCUAGCUGAACUGGUGUUAUUUGGCCACAAGCGUGGGUGCGCCCUCUCGUGGCUAUGUGCAGCGGUGUUUCUGAAGGACUUCGCUGGAUGUACUCUAGCAGUCAGACCUGACCUCAGGUACUUUCACUGCUUGGGUGCUGCAGUAGGACUGACCCUAUCCCUGGACCCUCCCCCUCUGCAGUCCAACAAAUAAAAGGUGCUCCUGAAUCAGGCAAGCUUAGAGGACCGCCAGGGAUGUGGGCUAGCACACAGCUGGAGCAACACACCUUCCAGGCUUCAUUAGUCCUAAGGUACCAACACCCUCGAACCUACCAGUUCACAGCCUGUGGGUAACAACUUUGAGAGUCGAAUGACCCUUUCACAGGGGUUGUUUAAAAUCAUCGGAAAAUACAGAUAUUUACAAUUCAUAACAGUAACAAUGAAAAAGUGAUUUAUAGCCUGGAGGGGGGAGUUCAUAACAUGGGGAAGGUUGAGAACCACUGCUUGAACCCCUUAUCUAUCCCACAGGACUGGGCCACUAUGUCAAAGUGCCCUAGCAUCUUAGGGGGCACUGUGAUAUCAAGUCUAAGUACAGUGGUUAGGGGUCUUCAGUCUAUGGGGGAAUGAGUUGUGCACAAACGGGACUCAGCUGUCUACCUGAGACUGUUCUAGUGAGGUGGGCCACUUAAUCGGGUUUGCUUAAUCAGAACCUGUCUAUACCCUGAACUACAUGCCUGAAGGGCCAGCUAGUCCCUAGGGUGCCUGGGACAGGCUGGCAAAGGGUGAGACCAGGUUGUAAGCUGCACUUGGCGCCAGAGGCCUGCCCAGGCCGUGGGCAGUGGUAAUGGGCAGACUUUAUGGUUUUCCUGUUGCGAGAGGAACCUAGCUCAGGGGAGCUAUUGUCCCCAAACAAUGGGCCUGGCUAAGACCCAUAAGGGCAGUGGCCCCAAACUGGGGGACCUCAUCUAUCUCGACCACCUCCUACUUUCAGUCCUCAACCUGACCUUGAGUCUCGCCUGUCCUGAGCCUUAUUCUGCCAUACUCUUGGUUCCUCCCAUCCCAGAUGACCCUGGCUGGAGAGGAGCAUGGAGAUCCUCCCAGAGCGUCUCCAAAGGGCUUUACUGCAUAAUGUGCCUUAUGUCCCAGCCCACCUUGAAGGCAGCAGAAUGGAGAGGGUGUCAGUGGCCCCUGAGCAGCGAAGCUGAGCUCUGGGGCCAGCCCUGCUGUUUGAUGGCCCAGGAGGCCCCAGCUUGGGCCAAGUAUGAAGAAGUCUGGCAGGCUGAAGGCAGGUGUAACUCCUGUUCCCUAGUAUGAAGGUUAUAAAUAGCUAUCUGCCAGGCACCUGGCCUCAGCAGAGCCUGGAGAGAUUAUCACAGCCUGACCACGCAGCAUGUCUGGGGAAUGGCCAGGUUCCCCUGCCCUGGGGAGCUGGAUUGACCCGUGCGCCCUAGCAUAGGUACAAGCAAGGGUCAGACUAAUGGGUGGAGGUGCAGCCUGUGAUAGCUGUUAAGCAGGAUCAGCAUGCCUUUUGCAGGGUGUGUGUUCAGAGGGUUAGAGUGGGUGGCAGUGGGGCAUGCCGGAAAUCCCCGCACUUGGUAAGGCUUUGAUACCAGCCUGUUCUACAGAGUGAUUCCAGGACAGCCAGAGCUACACAGAGAAACCCUGUCCAGGGCGGGGAGGAGGGUGGUUUAGGCUUGCUGAGGUGGCUUUCAUUACCUUAGGAGCCCUUGCUGCAGAUUAUGCUGGCUUGAGCUUCCCAAUUCCUGGAAAGCCAGGCACCACUGCCCUCAUCACCUACAGGACAAGCGCACUUCACAGGAGGGCAGACAGUGUACUCCACUUGGAGGUGAAAAAUAGGUAAUAAGCCAGUCAGUGGUGGCACACACCUUCAAUCCCAGAACUCAGGAGGCAAAGGCAGGUAGAACCCUGAAUCCUGCCUGGUCUACAGAGUGAGUUCCAAGAAGGCCAGGGCUACAACAGAAAAACCAAAUAAUAGUAGUAGAAAGCAGUUUUUAAACCAGACUCCUGUCUGUUAGCGCAUGUGUGCUCACACACACACAGAAACGCCCUUCCAUGACAAGUAUGGCAGAAAAGCUGAAGUCCAUCCUAUGUCCAUCACCUGCUGAGAGAAAAAAGACUGGCUACCCAGGUCACCCCGAGGCCCCGGUCACCUCCAAUCACAAAAAAAUGUUUCUCAGUCAUGAGUUAUUCACCGGACAGACACUGGCAAUGCCUCGGAGUAAAGCUGGUGAUAGGGGACAGCCCUCUCCUCCAGCUGCUUGUGGGAAAGAUUAGCAUGUGAUGUGUCUGCCCAUUGACAUGAAUUCAGAAAUACAGCAAGCAAACUAGUGUGAUGGCAGAUGUCUGGUCCCAGCACAGUGCUAGAAGCAGAGGCAGCCUCGACUACAGAGUGAGACAGAACAAAAGGAGGCAGAGGAAACUGCAGAGGGCAAUACAGGAACAAUGAGGCAAUGCUUGCUAGACAGCCAGGCAGUACCUGAGUGGUGUAGCAUGCUGGCCUUCUCUGUUAAAAACAGUGCCUGGGAAGAAUAGAACAUGCCAAAGAGCUGGGAGGUACGCUGUACAGGCACGGGAUGUGGGCUGAAGAAAGAAAAGACUGUCCCCAAGUAAGGGUCUAGACAGAGGCUCCUAGGGGUGAGUGAAAAAUGGGGUCUGCAAGGUGGACAGGGGUCUCUGGGCAGAAAAAUCUAGGAUGGCCCGGUGAUGGUGCUCCAGGCCAUUAAUCCCAGUACUUGGAAGGCAAGGGUCCAUGGGUCUCUGAGUUCAAGGCCAGCCUGGUCUAUAGAGCAAGUUCCAGGACAGCCAUGGCUACCCACAGAAUCUCAGUCUCAAAGAGUCUAGGAUGAUGAGAUGUAAUCAGGCUUAUAGAAGGUGUGCCCCAGCCUGGCCUUGGACAAGUAGUUUUCAAGAACAAGACUUCUGACGGGCAGUGAUGACUCAUGCCUUUAAUCUCCGCACUCAGGGAGGCAGAGGCAGGCAGAUCUCGAGUUCAAGGCCAGCUUGGUCUACAAAGUGAUUCCAGGACAACCAAGGCUACACAGAGAAACCCUGUCUUGAAAAACAAAAACAAAACAGGAAACCCCUUACCCCCCCCCCAAAAAAAAAAAGGACUUCCAGCCCACUGACAGUGAUUCAGAAAAUUGAGCCCUUGGAGUGGAGGCAUUGUCACAGGCUCAGGCUGCACACAUCUAUGUUCAGGCUGGAUGGAACACAGGUGUUAACACCC